GCGCUGCACAUUGCUGCAGCUUGCUGCUAAGGGACACCAACAAGUUGGACUGGGUGAAGGGCACUGUGAAGCGGGGCCACACCAUCGUCAAAUUCAUCAGGAAUCACCACACGACAAACAAUUUCAUGAUGAGCUUGGACUCAUCCUUGACGCUGUUGCGACCGACCGAGGUCCGUUUCGGGUCGGUGUACCGGAUGCUGGAGCGGAUACACAACCGGAGGGUAGUUUUGAAGGACAUGGUGGACGCGACGAAUGUGGGGAAAUGGAAGGCGAUGUGGUGGUCGAGCGCGAAGCUGCAAGCGAAAGCGGAUCGCGUGUACUUCACACUGCGGAGGGAUGCUUGGUGGACGGAGCUACGGAAGGUGGUGGGGACGAUGGAGCCGUUGUAUCUCCUUUUGCGGAGGAUGGACAAGGACGGGACAGCACCGUCAAACCUUGUGGAGUACGACCGACUCAUGGAGAGGAUGCUGGCGGAGGUUGUGCUGACAUCGGAGCAGCGAAGUUUGGUGCUGGAGAAGGUGAGGGACCGCAUGAAGAUGAUGCGGCAACCGGUGCACGCGUUGGCUUUUCUUCUCGACCCGCGGAGGAGAGAUCCGAAGUGGUUGCUGGAUCGGGACAACGCAUUUGUGCAGAACGCGCUGCGUUAUUUGCAGAGGCAAAUUGGCGGACCUUGGAAGUCCCAGGCGCACAGGGAUAUAAUGAAAGACCUGCGUGAGUUCCACAAGCAACCCACCGCAUUCGACCCCAAUCGGAAGGACAAGAAGAUGUGGGAGCCCAAUGCGGUCGAGGAAGCUGAUAUUAUCUCGCCGUCGGAGUGGUGGGCAACAUAUGGUGGCGAUGUGCCGAGGUUGCAGGCCAUCGCCAUCAAAGUGAUGGGCAUGUGGAGCACAGCAACUCCGACGGAGCGUAAUUGGUCGUCGAUGGACUUGGUGCACUCCAAGCGACGGAAUCGAUUGAAGCCCGCGACCGUGGAGAAGCUUGUGUACAUUCAUUGGAAUAUGAAUCUGUUGCGUGCGAGCAAAAACUUGAAGGACCAUCACUAUGUCGAUUUGUGGGCGGAGUUCUUCGAGUCUCUUCCGGAUGCGGAGGAGGGCGACGAUCCUCUUUUGGCGGUGCCCGAGGAGGAGAAGGGGAAAACGRAGGAGGAACAGGCCCGGGAACGGGCCUUAACCAAGUUGCCAAAGGGCCGGAUUCCRAAGAACCUCGAAGAUGAUGAAGAGGAGCACACGGACGACAGCGACCUGGAGGACGAGAUAUGGAAGGGAAAGGCUCCAUGGUCGGAAUCGUCUAGCGAAGGGGAGGCAGACGACGGGUCCAAUGAUGACUUUGAGCUGGGAGCGCAGCCCACAAUCCCGGGCACCACAUAUGUUGGGAGGAGGCGAUCAACGCGGUGCCACGGAGAACGCCCGCCCACAACACCAUGUCAAGGGACGGCUAAUACAAGUGCGCAGUACGACAUCCAGUCCGAUGUUGAGAUACCGCAGACGGACACCGACAUUGAGAUGGUGCUUCGCCCUGGUCUGAUCGACGCGGAUGAGGCGGAGGCCGAUCGUGCGAAGGCAAUGGCUGAUGCGGAUCGCGAACGGGUGCAAAGGAGAAUGAGAGAGGAGGAGCGGCGAGCAGCUGUACCGAACCGUAGAAAACUGCAAAAACAAAAGAAGAAGGUUGGAGAGCAUGAACCGGAGCCUGCGUGGGAGAUGGGGCAGCASGAGGAGGAGGAAGAGGAGGAGAUGGGGCAGCGAGACGAGGUGGAAGAGGAGGAGAUGGGCCAGCAAGACAAGGAGCAAGAACACGAGAUGGCCCACCUAGCGCAGGAAGAAGAAGAGAUGGAGGAGGAAGAAGAAGAGGCUUGCAUGGAGCAGCGAGAGGAGGAGAUGGAAGAAGACGAAGGGAAGGGCACGGACCAGCAAGAAGAGGGGUCGGAGGACCAACAUGCGAAACGGGUGGGAGAGAGCGAGGAGGAGCAGCAGCAUGACGAGAUGGCGCACAGCGAGGAGGAGCCGCAACAGCAACAGCAUGCACCGACGACCGUGUACAAGCGUCGGAAGAAAACAGCGGAGCCUGCUGGGUCGCCGGAGAAUUCCCCCGAAUUCCCAGACAACUUAGAGGGGAGCCAACACGACAACCUAUGGGUCAGCAGGGUUGGGAGGAAGAGGAAAUCCCCCCCUGUCGAUGAUGUGCCGAGGCCGAAACUUCCACGUGGCAGGCCUCGGAAGAACAAGACUGCCAGCCCGGCUACGAAGCGGAAAAAAAAAAACCGGAAGUGCAAGCCUCGCACAAAGAUUGUCGAGGACGACCCCGAUUCCGACAGCUGCAGCGAGCAGUUCGUCGAAGACGAGGGUUGCACUGAUGACUAAAAUUGGUGUGGGUGUGGGUGUGGGUG